AACUCUGGGGAGCCAGGACAGCCGUGUCCCCGAGGACCAGGGAGCCCCAUCACUUCUCAAUGUGGCAGAUGUGUAUGGGGGACCGGCACCUGGGGUGGGCAGCAGACUUCUGUUGCUGCCUGUGGGCUGAGCCCCGCCCCUGGGCAGAUGCUGUCUUCCAGAGAGCCCUGGAGGGGUGCCUCACACUUGGGGCAUCUCUGCUGCUUGUCACCACUGAGCUCCUUCCCUUGGAUUUGGGGGUGGAACUUUCAGGACUCAUGAGUGACUUUUGAGGAACAGGAGUAACAGGGGUCCCUGCCUCGGUCUGGGCCAGAGACCAGGCAGUACAAGGCUGACAUGGUAAAGCAGGUGGGUUCCAGCCCUGCCACCAGUUGUUUGUGGGGCUUGGGCAAAGGGCUCCUCUUCCCUGGGCUGUUCUGUGUCUUGGAGAUGCCAGACUUCAUGGAUAUCAACCCUGAUGUCACCCAGCCCUGGGGAACUAAAGCUCCACUCCCACCCCCUCCCCGGUUCCUCCCUAACUCCAGCUCCCAGCUUGGGAGUUCCAUCUGGGCAUUGUCAAUGGGGACAGCUGGGGGCUAUUUAUGGCUGGCCCCUGCAUGCUCCCUGGCUCCGCCCACACUGGCUGGCCUGGCCAGGGCCCAGCGCCACCCACCCAGUCCACCAGCAGUGUCGCCCCGAGUCCUGUUGCUUUGGCUCCUUCUCCCAGAAACCAGCCAUGCCUAGGGGAAGGAGCUCUCCUCCCUUCCGGGGACACCAUCUGGGGUGCCUCCCCUCGGCCCCUGCCUGCCGGGCCUGGGAAACCCCUUGGUCAUCAUCCCUGCUGUGCCGGGACAUGGCUCUCCAGAAUGCCCUCUACACCGGGGACCUGGCGAGGCUGCAGGACCUGUUCCCCCCACACAGUACAGCAGACCUGCUGCUGGAGAGCCGGGCCGCCGAGCCUCGCUGGAGCAGCCACCAGAGGGGACUCUGGUCUCUAACAUAUGAAGAGGAGCUGACCACCCCGCUGCAUGUGGCAGCCAGCCGUGGCCACACGGAAGUUCUGCAGCUGCUGCUGAGGCGGAGGGCGAAGCCAGACAGCGCCCCCGGGGGCCGCACUGCCCUGCAUGAGGCCUGUGCUGCAGGUCACACUGCCUGUGUCCACGUGCUGCUGGUGGCAGGAGCCGACCCCAAUAUCCCUGACCAGGAUGGGAAACGCCCCUUGCAUCUCUGCCGUGGGGCUGGUACCCUUCAGUGUGCGGAGCUGCUCCUGCGCUUUGGUGCACAAGUGGAUGGCCGGUCUGAAGAGGAGGAGGAGACCCCUUUGCACGUGGCAGCCCGACUUGGCCAUGUGGAACUGGCAGACCUGCUUCUAAGACGGGGUGCAUGCCCGGAUGCCCGCAAUGCCGAGGGCUGGACACCACUGUUGGCUGCCUGUGACAUCCGCUGCCAGUCUCCUGCCGAUGCUGAGGCCACCACUACCCGCUGUUUCCAGCUGUGCCGUUUACUGCUGUCAGCGGGGGCAGAUGCGGAUGCUGCUGACCGGGACAAACAGCGCCCCCUGCACCUGGCCUGUCGCCAUGGCCACGCGGCCGUUGUAGAGCUGCUCCUGUCCCGUGGUGUCAGUGCCAAUGCCAUGGACUAUGGGGGACACACAGCCCUGCACUGUGCUCUGCAGGGUCCAGCUACAGCCCUGGCCCAGAGCCCUGAGCAAGUGGUGCGGGCUCUACUCAACCACGGCGCUGUCCGAGUCUGGCCAGGAGCCCUCCCCAAGGUCCUGGAGCGCUGGUGCACGUCCCCACGGACCAUCGAGGUCCUGAUGAACACCUACAGUGUCCUGCAGCUUCCCGAGGAGGCCAUGGGCCUGGUGCCUCCUGAAACUCUGAAGAAGCACCAGCACUUCUACUCUUCCCUCUUCGCCCUGGUGAGGCAGCCCCGGUCACUGCAGCACCUGAGCCGCUGCGCGCUGCGUGCGCACCUGGCAGGCUGCCUGCCCCACGCCCUGCCCCGCCUUCCACUGCCACCCCGCCUGCUCCGCUACCUGCAGCUUGACUUCGAGGAUGUGCUCUACUAGGCAGGGGUGGAUGCUUCAAUCCCCACCUGAAAGGGGCAGACACAUCCCACAUCAAAAGUGACAUCUGAUGAAGACAGCAAGUGGGCCACUCCUCUCCAAGCACCCUCUAGCCUGUAUGUGCAUUAAAAGUCUCCAGGCCAAGCUGGCAGUGGUGGUGCACACCUGUAAUCUCAGCAAUUUGGAAGGCUGACACAGGAGGACUGCAAGUUGGAGACCAGCCUCGGCAA